AUGAGAAGCCUGCAGAGAAUCGCUGCGGGCUUGCUCUGUAGCAUGCUAUUUUUCGUGGUCGCGGCACAGGGAGAGACCACUAUACAUGAACCUGGUCGAUGUGCUAUUCGCGGCCACUGCGGGAAAAAGAACAUAUUUGGCGGGGAAUUGCCCUGUCCCGAUAAUGGGCUUGCGCGCGACCCAGACGACGCAGUGAGAGAAAAAUUGGUCUCGCUAUGCGGAAGCAAGUGGUCUGAAGGGUCUGUAUGCUGCGAGGAGGAACAGGUCGAUGCAUUGAAAAAGAACCUGAAACUUGCAGAGGGUAUCAUUGCCUCGUGUCCCGCAUGUGUCGAUAAUUUCUUCAACAUGUUUUGUACUUUCACAUGUUCCCCGGACCAGUCGUUAUUCAUCAACGUCACGCAAACCGAGCCGAAGGGAGACAAAUAUCUGGUCACGGAAAUAGACAAUCUCUGGUCGGAAGAAUACCAGAGUGGUUUCUAUGACAGUUGCAAAAAUGUUAAGAACGGCGCAUCUGGAGGAAAAGCAAUGGAUUUCAUUGGAGGAGGUGCCAAAAAUUAUACGCAGUUCAUGAAGUUCCUAGGCGACAAGAAGCUUCUCGGUAGCCCCUUCCAAAUCAAUUACGAAACGGAACCUCGAUACCCAGAUGCUCAGGGUAUGGAAGCCCUGCCACUUGUUCCAAAGGCUUGCAAUGAUUCAGAUCCGGCCUAUCGAUGCUCUUGUGUGGAUUGUCCCUCAGUAUGCCCGACGUUACCGGAGGUGAAAUCGCAGAGCCGUUGUCAUGUCGGACUUAUGCCGUGCAUGUCAUUCGCUGUCAUUAUCAUCUACUCAGUAUUCCUCUCUCUCGUUGUAUCUAUAUCGAGCUACGUGGCCUACCGAGAACGACGGUAUCGCAAACCCGAGCGGGUAAGACUAUUACAGGAUCCCGUACAAAGUGAUGAAGAGGACGAUGGUGAAAUUGUUCGUGGUGCUGCUUAUGUAGACACACCGCAUAAGCACUACAAGCUGAAUGGUAUAUUCGACAAAGCCUUUAACCGACUGGGAAGUAAAUGCUCCCGCUUUCCUAUGAUUACUAUCUCUGUUAGUAUUGUCAUUGUCGGGCUCCUUAGCUUGGGCUGGCUUCGAUUUGCUGUAGAGACAGACCCUGUUCGUCUCUGGGUUAGUCCUACUUCCGACGCAGCUCAAGAAAAAGAGUUCUUUGAUGAGAACUUUGGCCCUUUCUAUCGUGCCGAGCAAGCAUUUUUGGUCAACGAUACCGGACCUGUGUUGAGCUACGAUACUUUGAGCUGGUGGUUUGAUGUUGAAAGCCGCGUUCGUCGCAUGAUUUCUCUAAAGCAGGGACUGACUCUGGAUGAUGUUUGCUUUAAGCCGACGGGCGAUGCUUGUGUGGUACAAUCAUUGACCGGUUAUUAUGGCGGCUCGUCUGCUGGUGUCACACCUAGGAACUGGCAAAAAAAGCUCUCACACUGUACCGAAUCUCCCGGUGAUGUUAGCUGUCUUCCAGACUUCAAACAACCUCUACAACCUACUAUGAUUCUUGGCGGCUAUGAGGGCACAAAUAAUGUCCUCGAUGCAAACGCUAUUGUUGUUACCUGGGUGGUAAAUAACCAUGCACCAGGAACAGAGGGUGAAAGUAGAGCAAUCGACUGGGAAGACAGUUUGAACCAAGUCUUGGAGGUCGUUCAUGAAGAAGCCCGCGAGCGCGGUCUUCGUUUAUCUUUCAAUACCGAGAGCAGCUUGGAGCAGGAGUUGAACAAAUCAAGUAACACCGAUGCAAAAAUUGUGGUUAUCAGCUAUGUGAUCAUGUUCAUCUAUGCGUCUCUGGCGUUGGGAUCCGGAGCGUUAACUCUUCGGUCGCUGUUGACUAACCCAUCAAACGUACUGGUUCAAUCCAAGUUUACCCUAGCCAUUGUUGGAAUCGUGAUUGUUUUGAUGUCCGUUUCCUCUUCGGUUGGAUUGUUCUCCGCCCUUGGCAUCAAAGUGACUCUUAUUAUCGCAGAGGUCAUUCCGUUCCUGGUGCUUGCCGUUGGAGUCGACAAUAUUUUCCUGAUUGUUCACGAAUUUGACCGUGUGAACAUCAGCCACCCAGAUGAGGAGAUUGACGAGCGCGUUGGCCGUGCACUUGGCCGCAUGGGACCUAGUAUCCUUUUAUCGGCGAUUACUGAAACGGUUGCUUUUGCUAUGGGUAUAUUCGUCGGCAUGCCAGCUGUGAAAAACUUUGCUGCUUAUGCCGCUGGUGCCGUUUUCAUGAACGCCAUCCUUCAGGUUACCAUGUUUAUCGCUGUUCUUGCACUCAACCAGAGGCGAGUUGAAAGUUUGCGUGCGGACUGUUUUCCUUGCUUUACCGUACGCCGAGCAACAUCGUCUGGUUUGCCGGACGGAGUAGCGUAUGAUGAUAUGGCUGGAGAAAGCUUCUUGCAAAGAUUUAUCCGCCGUAUCUACGCUCCAACUCUUCUAGACCGGAGAGCAAAGGCUGCUGUUAUAGUCAUCUUUCUUGGAAUAUUCACAGCCGGACUGGCCUUGAUUCCUGAAGUCAAGCUGGGUCUUGACCAACGUAUUGCACUUCCAAGAGACUCUCAUCUCAUACAAUAUUUCGAUGAUCUCGACGAAUACUUUCAAACUGGUCCUCCAGUGUAUUUUGUCACACGUGGAGUCAACAUAACCGAAAGAUCUCACCAGCGACAAGUUUGCGGGCGAUUUUCUACUUGCGAAGAGUACUCGCUCCCUUUCGUGCUGGAACAAGAGUCCAAACGCCCCAACGUUUCCUAUAUAUCUGGAGCUACUGCUAGUUGGUUGGAUGACUUCUUUUACUGGCUGAAUCCCCAACAGAAUUGCUGCAAAGAAAAUGGGAAAGUCUGCUUUGAAGAUCGUACGCCACCUUGGAAUAUUACCUUAUCAGGUAUGCCUGAAGGACAGGAGUUUGUCCACUAUGUUGAGAAGUGGAUUGAAUCCCCUACAGACGAAUCAUGUCCUCUUGGAGGAAAAGCUCCGUAUAGCAACGCGGUUGUGAUAGAUAACCAUCGCUUUACCAUUAACGCCAGUCAUUUCCGAACAAGCCACACGCCCUUGAAGAGUCAGACUGAUUUCAUCAACGCGCAGGCAUCUGCUCGACGUAUCUCGGGUUACCUAUCCAAGGAACACAACAUUGAUAUCUUCCCCUACUCGAAGUUCUAUAUUUUCUUUGAUCAAUACUCCUCUAUCGUUCGUCUCACCGGGACUCUGCUUGGUACGGCCGUCGGUAUCAUCUUUGUUGUCAGUUCAGCGUUACUGGGAUCUGUGGCUACCGGUGCAGUUGUUACCACGACCGUCGUCAUGAUAGUCGUUGACAUCAUAGGAACCAUGGCCAUUGUGGGUGUAUCACUCAAUGCAGUUUCGCUUGUCAACCUAGUGAUUUGCGUCGGUAUCGGAGUCGAAUUCUGCGCCCAUAUUGCUCGUGCAUUCAUGUUCCCGUCGCGUAACUUGCUAGAUAGAAGCCCAAAGUUGCGUGGUAAGGAUGCCCGAGCCUGGACAGCACUCAUCAAUGUCGGAGGCAGCGUCUUCAGCGGCAUCACUAUCACGAAAUUGUUGGGUGUCUGUGUACUUGCUUUUACGCGAAGCAAGAUUUUUGAGAUCUACUAUUUCCGUAUUUGGUUGGCUCUUGUGAUUUUUGCCGCGUCCCAUGCCUUGAUUUUCCUCCCUGUUGCUCUGAGUUAUUUUGGUGGAGAAGGCUACGUGGACCCAGAGUCAGAUGGUGGCUUGGAAGACAAUCUCGCCGCUCGCGGCUAUCGAUCACUACUAAUGAACGACGAGUAUGACUCCGAAGAAGAGGAUUGA